UAUGUUGGCAGCCAUGGUAGUGCACUAUCUCAAAUGGAGUUCAAGUACAGUUCUCUUACUCGGCAUAAUGACGAUUUCAUUCGCUUUCGAUUAUGAAAUUAUCAAAGUUGAAGAUGAAAUAAAAGCUGACAAGAUUUGGAAUGUGAAGAAAAUAAAAGUUAAGAAACUACGACCAGGCGUUUAUGGAAUUGACGGUCAGGCGGAACUUCUUCAACCACUGGGUAAUAGUACGAAGUUCCGUCAACAGGUUACAGUAAAAGUUGGAUACAAUCCGAAUGGGGCCGGAAAAUAUAUGCUACUACCAUUCAACAUUGGUGCAAAAUCGGCAUGUGACUACCUUAAUAAUGAUUACAAAAAGUACCUUUCGAAUUUGCCUGAGGUAUCUAAUUUUCCACAAGUAGGAGAUGAUUACUAUUGCCCAUUGCAAAAGGGAACUUAUCGCGUAAACACGUACAAAGUGGAAACUACAAAUUUACCGGAUAUUUUCAAACCAGGAUACUACAAAACUCAAGCCUAUUUUGAAGCCAGCAAUGGUGAUUUAUCUAUAAUCAGCUUUUUCACUAAAGUCAUAAGGACAUCACUAAACAACAGCAUAAGCAAUUUACAACAAUCCCUUCAAUAUCUUCACUAGGUUAGCUUCACCAAAACAUCUGUUUGACGACGGUAAAAAUCAACUUGCGACUGUUUAAUUUCAGAGGAGUCAACGAAGGAUAUAUCCAUAUGUCAAAUAGUCCAUUAUCUGUGAGGAUUUGAAGAAUGAAAUAAACUGCGAUGAAUUUUCUUCUAGUUUUGAAACUC